CACGUGUCUGUGCGGACCAGAGUCAACAUGGUCCCCUUACAGACAGACUACAGUAUCUGAGUUAAUACACUGCUACACCUCUACGCACCUCACCUCUGGACUGCUUCACACACGAAUGAGGUAGCACAAACUGUUCCGUGAAGUUCGCAGGUUCUCCUCCUGUUUCAUCUCUAUCCCCUCGCUCUGCUCACAUAAACAUGGCCAGUGGGGAUGAUGAUGACCCCAUUAUAGAAGAGAUUGAUGUGUACCUGGCCAAGAGCCUUGCAGAGAAGCUGUAUCUGUUCCAGUACCCUGUUCGACCAUCCACUAUGACAUAUGAUGAUGUCAACCACUUAGCAGCGAGGAUCAAACCCAAGCAGCAGAGGGUGGAGUUGGAGAUGGCCAUUAACACAAUGAGCCCAAACUACUGUUGCAGCAAAGGAGAGCAGAUCGCCCUGAAUGUGGACGGCACGACUUAUGAUGAAACAAACACCUAUACAGCAAAAAUGAUGGAUAAACAGACCUUUUCCUCCAUCCAGGCCACCACCAACACAUCCAGAUAUGCUGCUGCUGUGUUUCGAAAAGGGGAGCUUCAUGUCACUCCUCUGACAGGGAUCCUGCAGAUGAGGCCGAGCUUCUCAUAUCUCGACAAGGCGGACAACAAAACCAGAGAGAGGGAGGCGGCUAAUGAAGGUGGAGAUUCUUCCCAGGAUGAAGCUGAGGAGGAAGUCAAAGCCAUUACGGUGAGGUUUGCUCGUCCGGAGUCGGAGCAGGCCCGUCAGAGGAGGAUUCAGUCCUAUGAGUUCCUCCAGAAGAAGCAGGCGGAGGAGCCGUGGGCUCACCUGCAUUAUCACGGUGUCAGGGACAGUCGGUCAGAGCAUGAAAGGCAGUAUCUGUUCUGUCAGUCAGUGGAUGCCUCGCAGAACUCUGAACUGGUCAAAACUCCCAAGGAGUACCUGGCCAUGCUGAUGCCUCCUCUAGCAGAGGAAAAAGUUGUGAAGCCUGUUGGUCCCAGUAAUGUUCUCUCCAUGGCUCAGCUCCGCACUCUGCCACUCGGAGACCAAGUGAAGACUCUGAUGAAGAACGUCAAAAUGAUGCCAUUCGCUAACCUGAUGGGUCUGCUUGCCUCUGGCACUGACUCCACUGCAGUGCUGCGCUGCAUCCAACAGGUGGCACUGCUGGUUCAGGGGAACUGGGUUGUCAAAAGUGAUGUUCUGUAUCCUAAAAACACCUGCAGUCCUCACAGUGGCGUCCCUGCUGAGGUGCUCUGUCGUGGCAGAGACUUUGUGAUGUGGAGGUUCACUCUGGAGCGCUCUGUGAUGAGAAAGGAGAUCACCUCCAUCAUCAAACUUCCUCCGGAGGAUGUGAAGGAGUUCCUGGAGCAUGUAGCGGCUCCUCGAAUCAACCGGGGCUGGGAGUUCCUGCUGCCAACUGACUCAGACUUCAUUAAGAAACACCCAGAUGUGGCCCACAGGCAGAGCAUGCUGUGGCUCGGGAUCCAGAGCAAGUUGGAAAAGGUGUUUAACUUCUCAAAAGAAGACUUUAUGCCAAAGAAUUCCCCCCAACCUGAGCCAGUUCACGUGAGCGGCGAACAGCGUCUAAAGAUUGCUCAGGAGCGUGCAAAUGAACACCGCUCAUCCCUACAAAAAGACCUGGAAGCAAAAAGGGCAGGAAACGGUGUCCAUAUCAAACAGGAACCAGUUCAGGAAGAUGAACCCAUGGACACCUCUUCUUCUUCUUCCAUCCCAAACGGUUCUGUCAAUGGUUACCCCAGUUCCGCCUCCCCUGGUUUUGAUCACACUAACGGUAAUGGAGCUACUAACGCGUCGUCCCUGGAGCUGCAGGACUUUGUGCAAAAGACUUUCAGGAAGCAUUUUGUACUGACACUGAACGAGUUUAAGAGGCUGCUAAACCUCCACCUGGCCUCCAUGCCAGUGGGUCGGAGCGUCUUCCACUCAAUCUCGGACCACAUGCUACAGGAGGCCAUACUGCUCAGCCCAUGCAGACAGAUCAUGGUGCCUUUUCCUGCUCAGAGCAAAGCAGCAUCAGAUGAACAGAAGGUGUUUGGUUUGUGGGAGACCGGAGAAGAAUUUGACAAGCACCGUCGGCUGCUCUACGACCUGUUUACGAAAAACUACCGAGUCAGGAGGAACAUAAUACAGGCCAGACUGGCACAGGAGUUUGAAGACGUUUCGAAGGCAGACAUCGACCGGCUGCUCGGUGAGUGCUGCAGCAGCCAUGCAGGAAUGUGGUACCUCAAAGGAACGAUACAGUCGUGACGCUGAGAUCCUGCCCCCCCUCUGUGUUCACCUUCACUCAAUCAAAUCCUCUCCCAGGUGUCCAGUGGGAGGGCAGACAGACGGACAGAAGCCAGUCAGCUCGCCCUGCUCUGGGGAUGGACGAUUGGAGAACUAAGCUUCAGAAAGUGAAGCUCUUGCAUCGGCUGAAACAUUUCUGACAAACACGAGCACUCUGAUGCAGCAAAAAAACCUCACAUGCUCACACAGCAAGAGAGUAAAGGGUAAAAUAUGAAGAAAAAGCAAGAUAUAUUUACGGUUUAUCGCUAGAUUUUCAGAUUAAAGAUCUCAUGUUUGAUUAUUUCUGGAUUAAACUUUUACCACAUCA